ACAGGGAUCCACAAGAGAAAAUUUCAGGGACGUACCACCUCCUUGGAUCCACGCCCAAAGAGGUCGUUCACUUAUCAGUAACAGCUGAUAAAUAAAUCAACAAUUUAUAAAAAGGUGUCAUUGCACGGCUACACUGUGGCUAAUAGCUGAGUGGUGAUCUGACCUUAGCAUGAACGAUGAAGGAGAUGAGUUAAAAAUGGCAGAUGGGAAGUCCGUCAAGGUGGGAACUCGUGUGGAGCUGACGGACAAAGGCCUUCUGGGAACUGUGGCAUAUGUCGGAACAACGCUUUUCUCUAGUGGAAAGUGGAUUGGUGUCAUUUUGGAUGAUGAGAAAGGAAAAAACAAUGGAACAGUCCAGGGAAAGACGUAUUUCACGUGCAAUCCAAACCACGGCAUAUUCGUCAGGCAGUCUCAGAUAACAGUUCUAGAUGAAGGAACUGGAACUCCAGCAUCGAUUCCUGCCAGUAAACUUCCGUCGUCAUCAACUGUGAAGAAAUUUGGCCUUCGACCUCCAAGUUAUGCUGGAAAAAGUUCUGAGAAUUUGGUUGAACUGAGUGACACCCCGAAAAAGGCCCCCAGUGUGCCCUCUGACCUUUCGAAGAUUGCUAGCAGUAGCGGUCUCUCUACUCCUAAAGGUCGGGGGUCAAUGACACGACUACCAGGACCGAAAUCUGGACGUGAUAGCAGCAGUCGGGAAUCCACCCCCAGCAAUGAGAAUUUGGCGGACACCCAGAAAGGGAAAACAAAAGGGAUAGAGAAAAAGACGGAUUCAGUACCAGACUUGACCUCCAUGACACGUUCCUUGGACAGCUCGCUGACCACCGCUGGCUCUGAGGACAAAUUGUCCAAUCUACAAACCCAACAGGAGAUGGAGGGGCUCAAAGCCGAGAUUAAAGAUCUCAACGAGAAACUCGAGACACUGAAAAUUAAAAGGGCAGAAGACAAAACUAAACUGAAGGAGUUUGAGAAAGCCAAAAUACAGCUUCAGCAGUUGCAAGAGUACAAAAGUAAAAUGCAGGAAACACAAAAAGAUCUUCAACAGCAGCUGCAGACGGCCAGAAAGGAAGCUAAGGACAUUCAGGAGAGCUUUGAUCGAUAUAAAGACGAAAUGUCUGACCUCGCUGAGACAGUGGAAAUAGCAACACUCGAUAAAGAAAUGGCAGAAGAGAAGGCAGAAGGAUUGCAACAGGAAGUGGACAGUCUGCGAGAACGAGCUGAGGAACUCAACAUGGACCUCGAGAUUCUCAAGAAUGAGAUCAGUGAGAAAGGAACAGACGGAGUGGCAUCCGAGUACGAACUGAAGCAGAGAGACCAGCAAAUAGAGAGGCUGAGGGAGGCCCUGGUCAAAAUGAGGGAUUUAUCCAACCAGGAGAAACAGGAAGUUCAACGACUGACAAAAGUCAACGAGAAAUUCACGGCGGAAAUUACGAACUUAAAGAAAGAUAAAGAGAGAUUUGCUGGGGAGGUGGAGCAGCUGUCUCAACAGAUGAUUGACCUCAAAGAACAGGUGGAUGCAGCUUUGGGUGCAGAGGAAAUGGUGGAGACCCUCACGGACAGGAAUUUAGCUCUGGAGGAAAAGAUUCAGGAACUAGAGGAGGAAAAGGCAGACCUGGAAGCCUUGCAUGAUAUGAAUGAAGAACUGCAAGAGACGGCUCGAGAGGCGGAGUUAGAGUUACGUGAGGAACUAGAUCUGGCAACAGGACGUGCUAAUGAGUUUAAAAGGAAGCUCGAUGCCACAGCAGAAACAUUUGCAGACUAUGAGGCCACAAUCAGCAAAUUCCGAGAGCUAGUGUCCACAUUGCAGGACACUAUACGAGAUAUGAGAAGUAGACAAGCUGAGACAGAGCAAAAGUCAGAAACUACACCAACGAUUGAAGUCAUCGACUUCAAAACCAAGUUUGCCGAGACGAAAGCUUACGCAAAGCAUACGCCUACCAUGACCUCGACUAUAGACAUGGAGUUGAGAAAACUGGAGGUUCAACAGGCUAACAGACAUGUGGGGUUGUUACAGUCCUUCAUGGGGGAUAACUUCAUGAACAGGGGAGGUGACCAUGAUGCUAUCCUGGUCCUGCUCAUGAUUCCUCGCAUUAUAAGUAAAGCAGAACUGCUGGCCUCACAAGUUAAAGACAAGUUUGAGUUGACGGAGGAGAUCAAUAGAGACAGCGUGUUGAAGAGUCACAGUGCAGAGCAGAGCAGUUUCUCCAGUAGUCUGGUUCUGUUACUGAACACUCUACAGGGGAUCAUGAGACAGUAUGACUAUGCCUUGAAGACUUGCAAUGUGGAUUUACUACUGAAGAUUGGAACCCUCCUACCCGAGAUCAGUGCCCAUGAAACAUCGGUCGAUUACUUCAUUGAACUUCUGCGGAAAGAUCAGCUCGAUGAGACCAUAUCACUGGAUUUGCUGGAGAAGUCUAUUAGUUACUUCCAGCAACUGCAUUCAGUACAUCUGGCCCAAGAGAAAGUGGAUUGUACCGCUCUGAUGGCUGAUCAAGUCCGCCUUGUACAGAGCGCUACUGAAUGUGUGGGGACUGACAUCACCCGACUCAGGGUCCUUCUGAUGCCUGGACAGGAAAAGUCUGAGAUAGCCAUUCUCUUUAAGGACUUGGAGAAUUGUAACAGUGACACCAAAAUGUGUGCCCGAAAGAUAAAGAGAAGACUGCCACAAGGGGAUGGCUCUGCAACACCGCUGUCUUUUGGGAAAGAGGUGCAAGAUUUAUUAAUGGACUGCAGUAAAAACAUCACCAUGGUAACCAGGACAUUACACUUUUUGACAGCAGGUGCCAUGCAACAGGCUGCAUUGAUGACCGAUUCAUUAGCAGGAGGAAAGCUGGAGGAUUACUAUGAUUGCUUUGGUGAAUACUGGAAUUCAGAAGGCUUGAUGCCAAAAAAGAUGGAAGAAAUCGCAUUCCAGAUAUCUGAUAAAGUAUACGGAAAAGAUGACACUGGGCCAUAUGAAUGUCUCAGAAUGUCAUUUGGUAAAGUGGUUGGUACGAUGAACAAGCUGGCCAAUGCUAUGGAGAAUGGUGAAUAUGACUUUGAUGGGACUCAUGACAAAACGCCUGUUUCCCCAGUAGUACUCAGAGCCAAAACUGUGAAGGCACAAAUUUCGGAGAUGGACCUCAUGAAACAUAAGAUGGAGGCCAAAGAAGAAAGUGUGAAAGACCUUAAACUGCAGGUCAUGAAGAAGCAAGAAGAGGUCAGUGAAAUGCAGGUCAGGAUUGGACUCUUGGAGAAAAAACUGGAAAACGCAACAAAAGAUGGUGACAGUAAACUCGACAAAGUACAGAGGAAACAUGAUGAGCUUCUGGCUCAGCUCAGAAAGAAAGAAAAGGAGUUUGAGGAGACAAUGGAUGCUCUUCAACAGGACAUAGACACGCUGGAACAGGAGAAGAUUGAACUGAAAGAGAGGCUGAAAAUACUCUCCAAGAAAACGCUCAUAGAAGGAAUCACCCGACAGGCCACUCAGCCAGCUUCUUCCCCGGGGUCACCUGUCCAUUCAGGGGGAGGAUUCCCUCUUCAGGAGUCCCCCUUCCUCAUACAACAGAUGACAUCCCUAAGAGAGGCGUUGAAGUCUGUCAAAGAUGAAAACAUCAGACUGAAGUCAGACAAAAUAAAGGAACAGAUGGCCAAGCUUCCUCCUCUCAGAGUUCCCAAAAAAUCUGUAGUACUUUCUGCCAAGUCUGGGGCUGUAACGUCUGAGGAUUUACCCGAGGGAAGCCCAGGAAAAGAUGACCUGACCAAUCUCCGCAAAGACACGGCCAAAUUACUGGCGGAGGUGAACACGAUGUGUGCAUGCCCCAGAGUGAUUGACAUCACCAAAAGAAAACCAGGACAUGAGCCUCUGACAGAGAGCAGUAACCCAGCACGAGAGUUGGUGGCCAGAACUGCCCGACUGACCUUGAUGGAGAGGAAAACCCAACAGCUUCAAGUCCAAAUCACCAACCUGCUAGCGGCCAACAGGACCGGGGGUCAGGUCAGAACUGACCUGUCCACUUUUCCAACACCCGAGUUUGCCAGGAUGCUUCACGAGAAAAGUGCAGAAAGUCAGCUGAUCGGGCGCAUCUCCAUACCGACCAAGUCAGGACAAGGAGAGAUAAUCCCUCUAAAUCUUCAGCCUACCCGAUUAAAAGAAAUACAUCAAGUUUUUGUUCAUUAAUAUUGUGAAGGUGUUACAUUAUUUACAGUGGAUGACGGUGCAUUUUCUUUAACAGGAACAGAUUCUUCUAGGUGGAUUAGUUUUGUGCAAUAUCUUGUGUCCUACCUUCAGCUGUAACAAAUUAUGAAUGAUAAAUGUUGUGGUUUUGUGAUAAUUUAUUAGGCAUCAUAGUCAGUAUACCAUUUGAGCAAUAUAAUGGAAUUAGUUUUUAUUAUCUUAAAUUAUUCAAACGAUAUAAUUGAAGCACAGUUCUUUUGCCCCAAAUUCCACUAAAAAAUUUAUAAUGUGAAAGAUAUUUGAGACUGCAGGCUGAUUUUGAUCACAUCACGAAAAUGGCCUCAAUAUUUCCAGAACCUCAUAGCCAGAAAUAAUCAGUUUAUAAAAGUUUGAUGUUAAACUUUGAAAACUUUGCUUCCUUUUUGUAAUUUUGAAGAUAUGAUUUCACGAUUUGGAAAUUCCAUCAGAAAUUUUUAAGCACAAAAUACAGAUUGCUCAAACAGUUAUUAUUAUACACAACUGUCAUUAGGCACAUAUUUAAAUAAAUAUGGAGACAAUGUACUUUUAAUUUCUUAUUCAGUUGAGAUUAAUUCAUAGAGGAAGUGUUCAAAUUACUAAAAAUUUACUGGUACUGCUAAUGAGAUUUGAGAGAAGAACAAUUAAUUUGUAUUGUAUUACAUUGUAAGCUUUGCGUUUACUUAGGAUUUACCUGUUCUAAGAUUUACCUCUCCUAGUACUUCCUUUAGUGUUUAUCCUUUGUGGUUUUGUAUUCAAAACAAAUUAUUUUUAUUACAAUGUAUUGAAGUGUUGUGUUACGAGUUGCAGUUCACAAACUUCUUCAGUAUCUGAUCAACCCCCCCCCCCCCCCCCCCCCCCCCCCCUGAGCUAACAAUGAUUGGUGUACAGUAGAACUAUGUCAAAGCCCAAUACAGAAAAUUUGUAGAGAUUAUCAGGAUUAUAUUCAAAGGGCAGUAACUAUCGUGAAUCCAUUUAUAAAUUGCAGAGCCUGUGUUCUGUUAAAGAUUUCAGAUUCUUAGUCUUACCUUCCUGUGCUUGCAUGCUAUGUUUACUUGCUUCCAAAUAAACAGUGGUAUAUAAUGAA